UAUCUUACUCCUGGCUUUUAUCACCAAACUCUUCUAUUUCCCUUUCUUUCUGCCCUGUCUUUUCUUGAUUUAAUAAAUGAUGACAACGUUUUCUUACGGUACAGAAUUUUUUUCAGUUUUCCUUUGGUCCUCUGUAUCUAAUUAGCCAUACAAUUCUGGUAACGCUGUCUUUAAACUGCCAUUUCACAGGGUUCCUUUUCAGUUGAAUCACCAUCUGUUUUUCAGUUAUUAUUUUCAUGGGUACCUGCAUGAUUUUUUAACUGGACUCUUACCUCAAGUCACCCUCUGAUUCAUCCUGUAGUCAACAUCAAAUUAAUCUUCUUCUUUCAUCAUUCACUAACCUGUUUGCCAAAACUCUGUGCUGUUAUGUUACCUAUAGGCUAAAUGCUCCCAUAGUUGUUUUGUGUCUCAUAAUCUGACCUCAAUCUGUUAUAAAGAAUAGCCUUGAUCACACAAACCUAGGUGUGAGUCUGUUACUUUAUAAGCUUUGUGACCUCGGGCAGGCUACAUUAUUACUAAGUCUUACUUCCAUUUUUUUGGACAAUGUAGUCUAGGAUUGUUAUGAGGGUUAAGUGAGAAAAAUUAUACAUAUAAAACUCUUUUUUCACUCCCAGGGGAAUAGUAACUUCUCCCUAAAUGUUAUCUACUAUCUUAGUCUUUGGAUGUUUUCUGAAGCUCAGCAGUCCAAAACCUUUGCUUAUGUGAACUCCAUGCCAAUCUUAUUUUGAUCUCUUUGAAAGGUUAUUAAUGUGGAUGAUGAUGGGAAUGAGUUAGGUUCUGGCAUAAUGGAACUUACAGACACAGAACUGAUUUUAUACACCCGCAAACGUGACUCAGUAAAAUGGCACUACCUCUGCCUGCGACGCUAUGGCUAUGACUCGAAUCUCUUUUCUUUUGAAAGUGGUCGAAGGUGUCAAACUGGACAAGGAAUCUUUGCCUUUAAGUGUGCCCGUGCAGAAGAAUUAUUUAACAUGUUGCAAGAGAUUAUGCAAAAUAAUAGUAUAAAUGUGGUGGAAGAGCCAGUGGUAGAAAGAAAUAAUCAUCAGACAGAAUUAGAAGUCCCUAGAACACCUCGAACACCUACAACUCCAGGAUUUGCUGCUCAGAACUUACCUAAUGGAUAUCCCCGAUAUCCCUCAUUUGGAGAUGCUUCAUCCCAUCCUUCAAGCAGACAUCCUUCUGUGGGAAGUGCUCGCUUGCCUUCAGUAGGGGAAGAAUCUACACAUCCUUUGCUUGUGGCUGAGGAACAAGUACAUACCUAUGUCAACACUACAGGUGUGCAAGAAGAGCGGAAAAACCGCAUAAGUAUGCAUGUUCCAUUGGAGGUGAGGGUUUCUAACGCUGAAAGCAACACACCAAAAGAAGAACCAAGUAGUAUUGAAGACAGGGAUCCUCAGAUUCUUCUUGAAUCUGAAGGGGUCAAAUUUGUUUUAGGGCCAACCCCUGUUCAAAAGCAAUUAAUGGAAAAAGAGAAACUGGAGCAACUUGGAAGAGAUCAAGUUAGUGGAAGUGGAGCAAAUAACACAGAAUGGGACACUGGCUAUGACAGUGAUGAACGAAGAGAUACACCCUCUGUUAACAAACUGGUGUAUGAAAAUAUAAAUGGGCUAUCUAUCCCUAGUGCCUCAGGGGUCAGGAGAGGUCGUCUGACAUCCACCAGUACCUCAGAUACCCAGAAUAUCAACAACUCAGCUCAGAGAAGAACUGCAUUAUUAAACUAUGAAAAUCUACCAUCAUUGCCUCCUGUUUGGGAAGCCCGCAAGCUAAGUAGGGAUGAAGAUGACAAUUUAGGACCAAAGACCCCAUCUCUAAAUGGCUACCAUAAUAAUCUAGAUCCAAUGCAUAACUAUGUAAAUACAGAGAAUGUAACAGUGCCGGCAAGUGCUCACAAAAUAGAAUAUUCAAGGCGUCGGGACUGUACACCAACAGUCUUUAACUUUGAUAUCAGACGCCCAAGUUUAGAACACAGGCAGCUUAAUUACAUACAGGUUGACUUGGAAGGUGGCAGUGACUCUGACAACCCUCAAACUCCAAAAACGCCUACGACUCCCCUUCCACAAACCCCUACCAGGCGCACAGAGCUGUAUGCCGUGAUAGACAUCGAGAGAACUGCUGCUAUGUCAAAUUUGCAGAAAGCACUGCCACGAGAUGAUGGUACAUCUAGGAAAACUAGACACAAUAGUACUGAUCUGCCCAUGUGAGCCUGGAAAGCAUUAUGUUGUUUGCACCUUUGUGAAGUUUUUAAAAAUGAAGAUGCAAGUGCUUCAUUUUCAUUUCUAAACACUAACUCCUUUUAUAGACUGAUAAAAUUUUUUCUGAAUAUUUCAUGUGCAUCUUUAACUAAAGGGAAUUAAUGUAGAGCAGGUACUCCUUAAAGAACACUAAUUUCAUUAUAUACUACUCAUUGUACAGCAGCAUUCCCAUUUUCACAGUGCCUAUUUAAAAUGAGAGUUGAAUGAAUGACAUGCUGGUUGAUUUUUAUCAAUAUUAUGGACUUAUGCAUAUCUUUCAUGUCUAAGUCAUGGUUGGCUUUUAAAAUUUUUCAUAAAGCCUCUUGACAAUGUGCAUUGCUAACAGAUAACUAUAGGCUUUGAGAGUAAUGCUCAUAGAUUCACUCUUCACAGUAUGUGGCCUCCAGCAUGUAACAUGAGGAAUUCUUUAUUUCAUUAAUUAAAGGCUUUUUAACUUGAGCCAAAACAUACGUAAAGGAAACAGAAGUACCACACCUCCUCUUAUACUAGUCAGCUCCUUUGCCUUCAGUGUUACUAGAAAGAAGCCUGUGUCCAUGAAUAUGGUUUGCUGUUGGUGCAUUGAAAGGCAGGAAGGGGACAAGAUUUUCUAUUUACUCAUCUCAUGAUGUCAUUUGAAGUGCGUGUCCAGAUAUCUUACUCAGAAUUAUUAUAGGCUCAAGAAUCAGUCUCAGGUCACUUUACCCAAAAACAUUUGAAAAUCUGAACCAUGAUCUCUUGAAAGUUUCUCUCCUAUAGAUUAUUGACAACAUGUUGUUUUCUGGAGGCAUUUGUGCCAUUAGGUUUUCAUUUAUCUUUGGCUUUUUCUUUGGUGUUUGGGAUGUCUUAUUUUUGUUGCCGUGUGUCCUUUUCACUUUAAAAUGUCUGAGUUUGUAUAUAGUUUUGAAAUUGGACUAUGUGUUUAUUGUUGUUUAGUUUGCAUUUUUGUCAAAUUACGGUUUUGAAGGUUCAUUUGGAACUUACUGUUAUUCUAUAACAGGGUUACCCUUGUCCAGUAUUUAUUUAUAUGCUGUUUACUUUUCAAGUUGAUAAAAACAGUUUCUCAAUUCUAAAUUUCCUGUGUCCAUAGGUGAUCUCUUUAGCAACUGAGAAAAAAAGGAAGAUAACUUUUAACAUGCAAAGUUCCCUCCAGGUGUACUAUGUUUUCUCUGUGGGCACUCUCCCCAGCACUUUAGCAGUAAUUCCCCAGCUACACACUGCAGUUGUACUCUGCCCACUCUAGUGUUCCUCAGCUCUGCUGUCCUUUUUCUUGUAGCUGGAUCUUUGAUUAUCCUUUGAUUUCCAUGAAAUAUUAAUAUUGUUGCCAGCAUAGCAGGUACAGUGGAAGUCUUGUAGCAAUGAGAUUGUAUCAUAAUUUAGGAUUUAAAAUGAAUUAAAGUUUAUAUAAACUAAAGAGUCUUCAUAUGUCAAACUCUUGGAAAAUUGAAGAUGUUCCAAUUUCCUAAACACUAGAGAAUACGAGAGAAGGUAGAGUGGAAAAAGGUUAGGUAACCUUGCAAAAUAUUUUACUCUUUUCUCUAAAUAUGAGGAAGUUUGAGAUUAUGAUCUGGAUCUACCAGAUGUAACAAAGGUUAAUUUAGCAUGAAAAAGUUUUAGUCAUAUUAGCAUCCAUCCUAUUCAGUAAAUAAACAAAUCAUAGGACAGUGAUGGAUUAGCAGAACAGUAGAGUGGGAUCAUUAUAAAGAAAAUAAAUUAUUAAAGGUGUCUUUAUCGUUUUCAGUGCCAUUUUUAUUGUCUUUAUUAUAAAUCAGUAUCAGUGUCUUUUAUCAUUCUAUGUGCAUAGCAGGAUUUUCUUUUCCCCCUUUUGUUGCCCCAUGAACUUGGUGCUUAUUAAAGUGUUCACUGUUCUCUUAAAAGAGAGCAGUGGUAUAGGUGUGCAGUUUCCCUGAUGCAGGUUUCAUUUUUAAUAUAUUGUUCCACUUAUUCUUUCUUCUAAGUAAAUUGCUAAUUGUGCCAAAUUUAUGUAAUAGUUUUUGUAAUGUGGAAUAAGAAUUAUGAUGGAACCAAUGCACAUAGUUUUUUCUGAAACAAGCAGUCAAGGCAGAACAUUAAUCUCCAAAUGAAAGGGCUGAUCUAUUUAUUCAUUUUGGAGGUUGGAUACUUUAUUCUUUCUUUCCAUCAUCCUUUUCAUUGUUUCCUUCAGAUUCUAAUUAGUUUUUCUUUUUUUAGAUAACUCCAAUAUAAUCAUUGCUGUUUAUGCUUUAAAUACUAUGUGCUUUAAAAAUGAAAAUGGGACCAAUUUGUCUGCUAAGAAUUUGAUUUUAGGUACUAUAAGAGUAUUAGGAAGAUAUAUACGACUGGUGUUAAUUUCUAGUUGUCUUCUAGAAAUCACUUGUGUUCCUAUUUAAUAAAAGGUAAUUUAGAAUACUACUUGUCCUUUGCAGUAGUUUAGUAAUGGGCAUUAAGCUGUGUCCUGGAAGGAUGUACCUAUUAGUAGGUGCAUUUUAGAAUGAGAUAUUAAUAUUUUAUUAGCAUAUAAUUGUGGCCAUAUGUCUCAGAUUUUCUGAGGCAGAUCUAAUUUUAGAUAUUCUGUUAGUAGAUCAUGUGAUCCUUCUUUUUGGUUUUGGAAAUAUAAUCACUGUUAAUGUUUUCCCUCCAAAUAGAAUACUGUUUUAUCCAUAUAAAUCAUAACAGCAUCUAUCCCAUGCCAGGGUUGGAAACUGAUACUGGUAUUACCUGUGUUUUUUCUUCACAUGUUUUAUUUCCCAGUUUCAUCUUCUUUUAAAAAUGAAAAUAUGGUGCCUUCCCUCCCUCCAGGAAGAUUGGCAAAUAGUUCCUUUUAUUUACUGCUGCUGUGGAGUGAUGAGAUAUGCACUUUACUCUUGAAGAUUCAGCAAAAAGCUUUUCACUUCCCAGUAUAUCCAGAAUACAUCACAUCUGGGACUUAGGAAAAUUUGCCAAGCAAUCUUUGUUUUUAUAGAUAUUAAUGUUGAUCCCCCCCAUUCAAUGUUAUAAGAACAAGUCAAGCUAGUGUUUGUUUAUCUCCUCUCCCUCCCCAAAACUGUGGCACAGCAUAUAAAAAUGUACCUCAAUAAUGUUCUAUUAAAAAUGGGACAGGGGCCUUAUGUUUUCAUAAUUUCCCAACAAUGUGCCGCCAUAUUUUUGCCUCAAGUUAAAGGUUUUAACAGACUUAAAAGUACUUCCCAAUUCCCUGUGCUAUUUCUAACCUAUGAUGCCCAAGUGUUUUGUGCAAUGUGUAGUGUGUGUGUAGAAAUCCAUAUAUUCUUGAAAUAGACACACCAUCAGAGACAUCAUUCACAAGUAACUGAUGUAUUGGCAUCUCAUUCAUAUUUCUGAUGUGUGAGGUAUAUGGUACUAAUUACCUUUUCCUUGAUGUUUGCCAAAUUUGAAUAAAGACAUUGGUACGAAAUUACAGAAUGUAAAGAAAAUGUUUUUGGCUUGAAAAAUUAACAAAUAUUUUAUGACAUACCACAGUAUACUCUGCCCAAACCAACACUGUAUCUAUCUUUCCUGUUCUUUACAUCCCUGUUCCCCAUUCUUACUUCCUCAUUUUUUGGGGGUAUAACAGUUCUUUUGUAGCAUCCUUAUAAUUGCAAUUCUAUGGCAAUUGGACAAUUAUAGCAUGGAAACAGACUGGUAUUAAUCGUACAGUAGUCACCAGUGUGCCACAUUUGCAUUAGUAAUGCAAAAUAUACAUUUUAUAAGGAACAAACUUUGUGUUAUGUUUUAUUUUCAUUACAUUGUAUAAUAUUGUAAGAUUAUUGUAUGUCCUAAUUUGCAUUAUAUAUGUUUUUUUCCUACGUAAAGGCAUAAAUAUAGCAACUUUGUAUAAAGGUAGCUUAUUAGAUUUUUAAUUUUUUCUUUUAUAAAAAAAUUGUCUAACAGUGGGACUACCAUUGCCAAAUUGUACAUGAAAUAUGAAUUUUACCCCCAUGGUUAACUUCUUUUAUAAACAUUCCAUAUUUCUCAAAUAAAAGACAUAAGUGAUACUAUACUAUGCAUAAAUUGUAUCUUAAUGCUGUUUCAGAUCAGCAUUUUAAGUUUUGGUUUGCAUUUUUACUAUUGGCAAAACGUAACCACUGUUAAUUAAAAUAAAACCUUGUAUAUGUAACAACAUAAUUUGCCCUCUGUCCCUUCCCACCCUUUGUUCUCUAUUUCUCCCUAUCAGUGCCAACUUCAUACAUUUUGUAGCAUGGCAAUAAAAUAUAACUUUUACACUGAG